AUUAACAAAACUUUGGCUCUACAUUUACUUAGUCAAGAUACAUCACCAUAUUCAUCAGGAUCUCUAUACAAUCCAUCACCAUUGUCAUCAAACGAUGAUUAUGAUUAUCAUACAAAGAAGAAAAAAUCCCAUCUUGAUUAUUUCAUUGGACAAGGUGUAAUAGAUUGUGAAUUAAAUGAUGACGCCAUUAUAUGGAAAUUUGAAGAGGUUGAUAUGUCAAGAUUUGCUUGGAAUACUGAAAACAAUCAAUAUCUUUGGCAUUAUCAUUAA